AAAGGGCCAGACAUAAAGGGCUCGCUUUACCUGUCAUGCGCUCAGGUCGAUCCGGUUGACAGUCCUGCUCGAGUCUGUUUCUCUCCGGGCUACCGGAGGAUCCCUCUGAUUGGCUGCAGACGCAAACGCGCUCUCUCAGCCCACCCACUGCUGAUUAUAGGGACUCUUGCAAACUCGGUUUCCUUCCUUGCAUUGAGUCUGGGACCUGGCCCCGGGGCUGAACGGCACACACACAAAGCGCGCAGCAUGGCAGCUACCCACAGCGAGUACAGAGGCUACCUGCGGAACACCGUGGACAUCGAGGUGGGGCAGCAGCACCGCUUCCACCCGGUGCAGAGUUCGGAACCCACAUACCGGCCACUCCUAUUCGGGACCCUCGCUGUUAUGGGAUUGCUUCAGGUGGCCUCCAGCGUGGCGAUCUUAUUACACCUGACAGGUUAUCUCCAAGAGGUAGAUUUGUCCACAACUCCACAUCGGCCCAUGGAGGAGGUGCAGACAGAGCCAAUGCUGAAUGCGCUGAAAGAUCCAAAGAAAAAAGGACGAUGCAAGAAUAAAGAUGGCAUGGCUUCAGCCCAUCUACCAAUCAGAACGGAUCAGGAUUUCUCAAAGAAGAGUGAGCUGGCGGCCAUCACCAUUGAAUGGGAUGAUACACAUGCGCACCUCCAUAACAUGGGUUACCACAAGGGGAAACUGCUGGUGAGGGAAGCCGGUUCCUACUACGUUUACGCCAAAACUUGCUUUCGCUAUUACAAUUUAAAAGCGCAAGGGCCAAUUUCAGACGACAAUCCCCCAGUGGAUGUUAAAAACACCCAGCUCUUCCAGUACUUGUGCCAUGAGAGCAUCAAACACAACAGCAAGGCUGUGGUAUUAAGCAAGAUGGGCAGCACUAUGCGGUGGAACGGCACAACCUAUAAUAUGUACUGUGCCCAGCAGGGACGAGGGGUCCAGCUGGAUGUCGGAGAUGCCUUGUUUGUCAAUGUGUCCAACGCCUUCAUGCUGGACCUGGCAGGAGAAGCGACGUAUUUUGGGGCCAUAAAGUGGGGUAUCUGAAACUUAAAUACAUGGGGAGCGGACAUGCUACUGAACAUUUGAUAUGCCAAAGAACCACUGUUAGUGAUGUUAAUUUGUCAAAAUAGUAUUUUUUUUGUUUUUGUUUUUUUUUAAUUGUUUUGUUUUUUGUGUCACAUUGUUUUGCAUCAGAUAGCCUUUUUAGACUCUUAUUAUGAGGAAAAACUUAUGCAAAAGGUAAACACCUUUCAAAAAACAAACUUGUCUUUCCACUUUCUGUUUUUCCUUUCCCAAAAAGCAGAACUAGCACUCUCUACUUCACCCAAAAUAGCACUUGAGUUUUAUUGGACUUUUUUGUGGUUUGUGUUGGGGAAUUUAAAUACAUUCAGUUUAGAUUACAACAUUUAGACUUAAGGAUUGACAUGUGUUUAUGCACUAAUUAAACGAUUCACAAGGGAGCAACUAAGGAAGUAAGUUUGUUGGGAGGUGCAGCAAGAAAGGAUUUAUCAGUGCUGAUUGUUGGAGAAAAAUGUCCAAAGAGAGAAUUGGAGUUGAUAGAGCAUCUGCUUGUACUUAGCAGAUUAUCACAGGAUAAAAAUAAGGCCUUGGUAUAAGUGUUUUCUUGAAAGUCUUUGGAAGUCAGAUCAAGGCAGGCAGUGAAGCAUCCUUGCAGUUUAGCAACUUUAGCGGAUAGUGACAGUAAUAGGUAAUUUCACCCAAAAAUGAAAAUGAAAAUUUAGGUUUAGUAUGAGUUUGACUUGGGGCCAUGGGGUUGUUGCUCCAAAAACAUUUAUUAUCCAUCUUUCUGCCCCAAGUGGUCAUUUGAAGGUUACAACAUGACAAUGUCAUAAAUGACAUGUUUGUUUCAUUUAUGACGAUCAGCAAGUGAAGCAGAUAGCAGGACUGUCUGACCAUGAAUGACAGGAAUAGACUCCUGUCUCUUCUUUCACUAGACGGACCAAGUUGAGUUUGGUUCAUCUUUAACUUAACUUUUUUUUUGUUUUUUGUUUUUUUUUUCAUUUGGCUCUUAGUGAGGUAAAUGGGAAUAUGCACUAAAUAUUUAUUUAUUAGCUAGAAAAGUACAGAGACGGGCCACUGUUAAAGUGACCUUUCGGCUGUAAAAUCAUUUAUAUUUUAUGUCUGUAUGACAUUCAUUAAGCAGCACUUAGAGGAAAUAGUAGGCACGCUUUUUGUUAUUAAAACACAGGGGCUUCCUUUUAAAUUCUAUAUUUAUGUAUCUCGAUUUUUGACAAUUCUGUGUGUACUUGCCUAGCCAAAAGCAAUAUGGUUAUAUUGUUUCUUCUACAAGAUUGUAGCACACCUGUAAGACCUUCAUCUGUUUUCAUCUGCUAGAUUUUUCUAUUCAGUGUUCUUUUUAUUUAUGUUUGUGUAUGUUUUAAUAAA